AUGCCGAAGGUCAUCGAUAUCCGCUUCGAGUAUCAUGAAGCAAGGGAUAUUGGUAUAGGAGAAGAUUGCCCUCGGAUCUCGUGGAGUUACUCAGGAGAAGAUCAGAACUGGAUGCAACAGUCUUACGCCAUUGAGAUCUCGCGCGAUGGGGCCACGCAAACGUUUGACUUUCACUCAAACCAAUGUCUCUUUGUUCCAUGGCCUACAACGCCCUUGUUGUCAAUGGAAAUUGCCCUGAUUCGGGUUCGCGCUUCAGAUGAGAAGGGUAACUUGACAGAAUGGUCCGACAUAGCAAGAGUUGAAACUGGCCUACUUCAUCAGGAUGACUGGAAGUGCCAUAUCAUUGAAGCUGAGACCGCAGAGCGGAUGGAGAAUUAUCAUCGGCCGAUAGUAUUCAAGCGAGAAUUCUCUCUUCAGAAACCCAUCCGUCGGGCUCGUGUUUAUGUUACUGCUCACGGCAUUUAUACCGCUAAGCUGAAUGGAAGCUCCGUUGGUGACCACGUGCUGUCGCCGGGGUGGACCAACUACACCAACCGGCUCACAUAUCAAACAUUCGAUGUUUCCUCUCUUGUGGAUCACGGCCUCAAUACGUUUCAUAUCACCGUUGCCCCAGGGUGGUACUGUGGGCGCCUUGGCUGGGGUGCUGGGAAGACGAAUAUAUACGGCUCUGCCCUUGGACUCGUUGCUCUCCUUCGAAUUGAGUACGAGGAAGGGGACUCUAUUACGAUGGGAACAGACAGCGAAUGGCAAUGGGGAUAUGGACCAACUAUUUCUGCAGAGCUAUAUGAUGGUGAAGUCUUCGACGCAAACCAGUCAUUGUCUCAGGACACAGAGUGGGGGAGAGUGGCUUGCAGACCAAUAACCGAUCGUCUUGAAUCCCCGGAUGGUCCACCAAUAAGGCGCACCCAAGAGAUCCAACCUAUUGCGAUUCUGAAGAGUCCUUCCGGCCAAUCUAUCAUUGACAUGGGGCAAAACAUGGUGGGCUGGCUUCGAAUCAAGGUCUCUGGAGGUACCACAGGACAUCAAAUCCAGCUCCAAUUCGCUGAAGUACUUGAAGAUGGAGAAUGCGCCACCCAUACCUUGCGGAAUGCGAAGGCCCGAGAUAGUGUAAUCCUGGAUGGCCAUGGCACUCUCGAAUGGGAGCCAGAUUUCACGUAUCAUGGCUUCCGAUAUGUGGGAGUGGAUAACUGGCCAGGUGCCCUGAGCACAGAUUCCGUGAAGGCCAUUGUGAUCCAUACAGACAUGAAGAAAACAGGCUCAUUCUCAUGCUCGAAUCCUCUGCUCAACAAACUUCAUGAGAAUAUCUCCUGGUCAAUGCGAGGGAACUUCGUCGGGAUACCAACCGACUGUCCGCAGCGAGACGAACGACUUGGUUGGACCGGUGACAUCAAUGUCUUUGCUGAUGCGGGGAACUAUCUCUACCGUACUGGAGGGAUUCUGAAGACUUGGCUUGAUGACCUCAAGUAUGAACAGAAGGAGGCUGGAGGGAUUGUACCGCUGGUAGUUCCAAAUGUGAUUGAUGGCUUCAAUCAAGAUGCACAUGCGAUCUGGGGAGACGUUUCCGUGAUGCUCCCUUGGUCCUUGUAUCGAGCGACCGGUGAUUCACAGGUGCUAUCUCGACAAUAUUCAAGUAUGAAGGACUGGUUGGAUGUCAUCCCACGUCGUGAAAAUCUGCUGUGGAAUUAUAUCUCCGACUGGAAACUUGGAGACUGGCUCGAUCCUGCUGCUCCUCCUGAUGACUGCGGAAAAGCAACCACCAAUCCAACCUUUGUUUCAGACGCGUUCCUCGCUCAUGUAACCACAUUGAUGAAGAACAUCAGUGGCAUAUUAGGGGAGAAGGCAGAUGCCCAGACAUACACAGUGGCAUCCGAGAAGAUUCGAUCCGCUUUCAGUCACGAAUACAUCACCCCAGCUGGCCUUGUGGCUAAUUGCACUCAAACCGCGUUAGCACUUGCGAUUCAGUUCAACCUGAUUCCGUCCGAAAGGCAAGAACUACACGCUGCUCGCUACCUGUCUAGUAUUAUACUGGAAAGUAGCCGAUACAAAAUUGGUACAGGAUUCGCUGGUACCCCAUAUAUUGGCCAUGCUUUGUCCAAAGUUGGACUAACUGAUGUAUUCUACCGUAUGCUCCUGUCCCGGAUGAAUCCAAGCUGGCUAUAUCCGGUGACCAUGGGAGCUACUACUGUGUGGGAACGUUGGGAUAGUAUGUUGCCCAAUGGCUUAAUCAAUCCAGGGGACAUGACCAGCUUCAAUCACUAUGCCUUGGGAGCUGUCGCAAGCUGGAUGCACAGUGUUAUUAUCGGAUUGCGCAUUGAGGAAGCCGGCUGGAAGACCAUCAAAAUCGAACCUAUUCCUGGAGGCGGUUUGAAAUGGGCGGACGGCCAAUACCUAAGUGGAUAUGGAAUGUAUAGAGUGAGAUGGAAGAUUAUGCAAGAUUCAGAAUCGCAGGAUGAGAGUAUUUGUCUUGAGGUUCGAAUUCCUCCUAACACCACGGCGGACGUCAAGUUGCCAGGAUCAGGCGAAGUGAAACAGGUUGGAUCAGGAUCGCAUAGCUGGAAAGUUCCAUACCAGUCGACACAAUGGCCACCAGAGCCAUUGGUCUUACCAUUCGGCCAACGAGAAACAUUUCCCACCGAUGAGUCCCUUCCGUGUCCUUGGGAUAGAAAUAUUGAAUAG